CUGGUAAGGUUGUUGUUGUCGCCUCCGGAGAAGCCCCCCGCGCACGGAUUAUGCCCCCUCAAGAGCCCGCCAUGGAUUUUAUGUCGCACUUCGCCCCUCCUGUUCCGCCCCACAUGCCCAAAGUGACCCCCGCGCCGGGCAGCCAGGAGCGGAGCCUGAAGUGCGUGCUGCUCGGGGACGGCGCGGUCGGGAAGACGAGUCUGCUGGUCAGCUACACCACGAACGGCUACCCCACCCGGUACAUCCCCACCGCCUUCGACGACUUCUCCGCUCUGGUGGAAGUCGGAAAGAUUCCCGUGAAGCUGCAGCUGUGCGACACGGCCGGCCAGGACGAGUUCGACAAACUGCGCCACUUCUGUUACCCCAGAACGGACGUCCUGAUCCUGUGCUUCAGCGUGGUCAGCCCGGCCUCCUUCCAGAACAUCUCCGAGAAGUGGAUGGAGGAGAUCCGUGGCCACUGCCCCAACGUGCCGCUGGUCCUGGUCGGGACGCAGUGCGACCUCCGGGAGGACGUGAAGGUCCUCAUCCAGCUGGCCCGGUACCGGGAGAAGCCGGUGCCCCCCGCGUCGGCGCGGGCCCUGGCCGAGAAGAUCGGGGCCGUGGCCUACGUGGAGUGCUCCGCGCUGACCCAGAAGAACCUCAAAGAGGUCUUCGACACGGCCAUCGUCUCCGGCCUGCGCUACUCGGAGGUCCGCGGGCAGCGCGAGAGGAAGAUGGCGUCCACGGCCAACAAAAUGAAGACCCUCUCGAAGGCCUGGUGGAAGAAGUACGUGUGCAUAUGAUGCCACCGCCCCCCCCCACACGGGCCACGACGCCACGUUCCUUGGCCGAAGAGCUAUCGCUCGAGACGUCCGCGGUUACCCCGCGGAAAGCUGAAUCCCCCCACGGA